AAUGGCGCAUUUUAUAAUCCGUCUUCUGGUUUUAAUGUUUUUAUGAUAUAAAUAUAUAAAGUAUAUUUUUUUGUUUUAUAAAGUAGAGGAAUUUAUAUAUUUAUAAAAGAAAGACAACCUUAUAAAUAAGAUUUUUGCUCAGUCUUUGCUGUUCAGUCGGACUCAUUUUGCGACCGGUUGAAUAAAGCACCGGAAGUUCUGCUAUUUACGAAAAUUCGAGUAAUUUCGAGUCAAUGGCGUUACCAGGUGUGAAUAAGGACAACAUCCGCGCCGGCUGUAAGAGAUGCGGCUAUCCGGGUCACCUCACGUUCGAGUGUCGUAACUUUGUGCGUGUGGACCCCAGGAAGGACAUCGUGCUGGAUGUGAGCAGUACCAGCAGUGAGGAGAGCGAGGAGGAGGAACAGCAGGAAGUCCGCAAGGAGAAGAUCUUCGGGAGCAGCCGCUCUAAAGAGUCCCGCAAAGAGAAACAUAAAAAGAGGAGUAAAGAGCGAUCUCACCGAAAGGCAAAGAAGAGGACUCAUUCAUCCAGUGAUGAUGACGAUGAUAAUGAUGAAGAGUUGAGCAGGAAGAAGAAGAAGAAAAGCCACAAGAAGAAAGGCAAAAAGGAAAAGCGUGAGAAAGAGAAACAGCGUGUGAAGAAGCGGAAGAAGAAACACGCACAGGCUUCUUCGUCAUCUUCAUCCUCCUCAUCAUCCUCCUCUUCCUCAAACAGCUCGAGUGGCUCCUCAGACACGGACUGAAGAGCUUUCUCUUCCAGAUCUUCAGCUACACGUUAUCCAGCACAACACGGUGACUGACCUGAGGCAGUGGUCAGCUAAACAACAGUCUGUGAAGCUGAGUGCAAAAGUUUGUGCACCUUCAGUUUUCUCCAGCAUUCCUCCUCAGCUUCUGAGAUCUGAUGACCAUGAUGAUGAUGAUGAUGAUCUGAUGAUUAUCACGAUGAUGACAAUCAUCAUCUUCUUCAUCAUGAUGAUGAUCUUCUCGAACACAGAAGAAUCUUCCUCAAGAACCCCAGAACCAUACAGGGGGGCACAAACUUUUGCACUGAGCUGCGCGUGUGACUGUUACAGGAUGAUAUUUAUAUUUUUCUUCUUCAUUCCUCUCUCUGUUCCUCAGUGUUUGGUUUUUGUACAGAAAUAAAGGAGAAGCUCCA